AUGGCGUCCGUUACGUCUCUAGAUAAGGACUUGCGCAAUCUGCGCCUAUCCCGCUAUACCCCGCAGGCAGCCGCAGAGGUCCGCGAAUGGAUUGAAGAGACGCUUCAUGAGAGGCUUCCAGCAGGUGAUCUUCUGGAUGCGCUCAAAGAUGGCGUUGCUCUCUGCAGGCUGGUCAAUCUCGCCGUGUCCCCUGGCGUCAAGUACAAACAGUCCUCCAUGCCAUUCGUACAGAUGGAGAACAUCUCCCAUUUCCUGCGCGCGUGUCAGAUACCACCUCUCAGUCUACCACCACAUGAUGUCUUCUUGACGGUCGAUCUCUACGAGUCCAAGGACCCGGCGCAGGUGUUACAGUGUCUGAUGGCUUUCAGCAGAAGAGCGAAUGCUCUUCAGCCCACCAAGUUCCUUCGUACAAUCGGUGUGCAGAGCAAGGGCGGGACUUUGAGUCCGCAUUUGACUGGCUCAAGCCAAUCGGCCACCACCCCCAGGAAGUCUCGUGGACUGAGCAACGUGAGCGACAGGUCGGGAACCUCCAGCCCAGCCAAGUCUCCAGCCGCUGUGAGCAGUUGGAGCAAAAAAUCGGACGAGCAUGCCACAAUGCCGGCGUGGAAUAUCCAUCAGUACGGGUAUAUGGGAGGUGCCAGUCAGGGGAACCAGGGAGUAGCGUUUGGUGCUCGUCGACAGAUCACGACCCCGUCGCCGCUUGUCCCUUCAUUGGAAGAGAAAGAGAGACGCCGACGCGAGGAGGAGGAACGGCAGCGUACUGAGAAAGAGGAAUCUGAACGUCUCCGGCAGCAAGAGCGGGAAGCGGAGGAGGCACAUGCCAAAGCGGAGGAGGAGCGCAGGUGGGAGGAGGAAACGGCUCGCCUGAAGGAAGUCGAGCGGCGGCGAUUGGAUGAAGAGCGCCAGCAGUGGGACGAACAACAGCGAAAGUGGGAAGAAGAGGAGCGAAAGCGCCAGCAAGAUGAGAAAGAGGCGGAGGAGAAAUUGGACAAUGACAGACAGCGGCGACGAGAAGGAGCCGAUGCCCUCUUGACGGGGCAAUUCCUCAGUCAAUAUCAAGCUAAACUCUCUGACGAGACCAGAGAAAGCCAGCGCAUCAAGCAGCUCGAGCGGGAGUUGGAACUCGCCAAGGAAAGGGAGUUCCAGUAUCAGCGCGAGCGUCAAGAUGUCCAAGAAAAACAAACGCCGAAGCCCCGCAGCCCUCGCCCCGUUCCUGUGCCUCCCAAGCCAAGCUAUGAUCUUUCGUCGCUCGAGCAGGAACGCCGAAUGCUCCGCACCGAAUGGCAGAAGCAUCAGCCCCACGACGAGACUGCUGAAUCUUCCAGCUCGCCGCCGCCAAUACCUCCUCGUGCCCUCCCAGAGCCAACGCAAUCAGCGGCCGGGGCAGCCCCUCCGACCCCAUCACGGCCUCUGCCCGAUCCAGCGACAUACACGACCAAGUCCCAGGCCCAGAACAGUCGCGUCGACCGCUUUCUCGCAUCCAACCGACCCCCUGUCGCACCCAAGCCCGCCACCCAUCGCCCACAGGACUAUACAACCACCGCAGAAGUUGAUGAGGAGAAUAGCCGCCGGAUAGCCGCGCAGCAGAAAACACGCGCGGGCGGAUGGGCAUCCAAGUCCCUCUUGGAGCGCGAGAUGGAACGUGAGCGCGAGCGUCAGCGCGAGUGGGAGGAGAGUCAGAAACAGACGCGCGACGCCGCCGCGAAGGGUCUCUCGGACUCCAAACUCGGUGUCGGGCCGGGUCAGGGUGCCUGGGAUGUUCACCAAUAUGGAUUCAUGGGUGGUGACAACCAGAACCGUGGUGGUCCCGGGCUGGGCGUAGGAGGUGCGCGACGGCAGAUCAUUGGGCCUCGUCCUCCGCGAUAG